AUGUCUAGCGAUAGUAGCUCAUCAGUAGGUAAUGCAAUAACUCAGAGUGUAAAUGACAUUAUAGAGUCCAUUACACCACGCCAAAUCACUGAGUGGAAAGUUUCUUCAUUUGAAAAGUUCGCCACGAAGGUAACCGCAUACGAAUCCUUCUUGAACAAUAUCAAAAGUCAACUAGCCUCAUCAGCAGUAAACACACAUCAGUUACUAUGGAUUGAGUGUUUAUACAAAAUCACUGCAACUUUUUCACAAUUGAAAAAGACAUUUGUAAAACUAUGCAUGGAAAGAAACGUCACAUACCAUCAAGCAGCUUUAUGCCAAAUCAGAUGUCACAAAGUAUUACUGGAGAUCGGUUCUUUGCUUAGUGUUUACUUGAGUGAGGCAAACCUCACCACCUUUGGAGAAAGAUUCAAGAAGGUAGUGGAAAGGAUAAUCGAGAUUCUUUUGGUAAAGAAUGUUACAGUGGAAGUUCAACAAAAUAAAAAUGAGCAAACUCGAAAUAAAAAUGAAACCCAUAUAGAACAAAAAACAAAGGUAGAGGAUGAAAUACUUGGUUUGCUCUUGGAUAAUUUUCGCUAUAUCAUUCCAACCGGAGAUAAUAAACUAUCAGUUUUGGCUCAUUUCAGCAAGUGCUUGUACAUUUUGAAUCGCCCUGCAUUAUUUGCUCGAAUACUUACUGAAUACGACCCAGAAUUUCCACUUGGGCUUUUAGCAAAUGCUUCACCGAUAAACCUUGUUGAUCUUAUUGAUUUUUACCGAUAUACUGCUUUCAACUUGGUUUCACUUUCCUUUAAGGACAAUAGAGGUUUCAACGACUCUUAUACAAAGCAAGCCGCCCUCUAUUUCAAAGUGCUAUUUGCAUUUCCAAACUUGAAUAUCAAUGGAGCAAUCGAUGGGUUGGACACAAAGAUUCCCGAGGAUUCAAUUAUCAAUCUCGAAGAAAGGCAGGAAAUAUCCUAUCUUUACAUCCUAAAUCACAUUGCUAGUAUGAAUUCCGUUAUUGAACUCUUUAACACUUCUCCGGUGUUCAAGUCUGAAAUUACUUUUCUCAUAAGAACCAUGUCUGCAGAGUUGUCAAGGGAUAUCGAAGAGCAAGCAUCGCAACCGGGGAGUAGACACUCUAGUGUCCUUAAUAUCCCACUGUUGGAUAACUCAAAAAAAAACUCAAUAAAUCAAGCAAACUCACUAAACUCAAUAAUUUCGGUAAACUCGGUAAACUCAGUGAACUCAGUGAACAAUCCAUCCAACUCAUAUCCUUUUGAAAAAAGUAAUGAAGAAUAUAUGGAGAAGCUGUCAAAUAUUGGUGCAGUGAUUUAUGAGGGAACAUAUAAGGAGAAAUUGAAAUUAGUUGUAUCAUUCUGUGAAGCCAUUUCUGCAGCACCUCAAAACCUUUGCAUCCAGGAUAUGUUCCAGAAUUUAAACGAAAUUUUAGAUUAUGAACUGUGGAGUUUACAUCAGAAUGUUGAAGUUGUUUAUAAAGUGAGACUGUUGCUAAUUGGCUUGGUAUUGAAACAAGCAAACCAAAUUAGUGGUUUUAAUAGAAUACCACUAUCUAAUUUAGGACUGCUAUUUGCUUUGAACAAUGAAAAUAAUAAAAUUGAGGAUAUAAUCAGUAAUAUUUACGUCAAAGGGUUCAGUUGGAGCAUUGACGAUGACUCAUUGGUUUUCAAGACUGAUCUGCCAAAUGUGGUUCCUGAGGAUAUGGUACAGACUCAAUUGGAGAUUAUCAGACUCACUAAUAAACUAAAGGAUGCUAUAUGA